AUGGAUGUUCACGGAAUCCUGAAUGACAUUGCGACGCAGGGGGACCUCGAUCCCUCAAUCACCUGGAAAUCAUUCCAAGAGGCCCUCAUACCGUAUAUAGACGAGGUGCUUUCAAAACAUUUUACUUCUCCAGACAACGCGUCUGUCGUUAAUGGAUCGCCAUCCAAACUAGACUUGAAGAAUACCACAAGUACAAUACCUUCUUCUUCUUCCCCAGAUUCCCACCCACAACCCCCUCCUCCUCCACCACCACCUAAACCCUUCUUUCUUGACCCUCUAACAAAAGAAUCAUUCACUCGCGAGGAAAUGGUCUGUGAUGUAAAACAGCUUAUUCAAACUCACGAAGCUGGACCACCAUUCACUGUCCAGCGUAUGGCAGAAUUACUUCUCCAGCCUAACUUGCAGUACCCACCCACUCAGGAAUCUAAAUACCUUCUGGCUCUUACUCGUGUUCUCAAUGUUGCCUCGAGUGUUGCUGAAUUUGAGGACCUUGACAUUAUUAAACUUUCUGAAGAAAGAGAACGUCAGGCUGAGGAGCGUGACAGGUUAGAGCGAGAACGUGAAGAUAACUUCGACGAUGAAGAUGACUUUCCAUUCCCCAUGCUAGGACCUUCCUCAUCUUCAGUUACAGAAUCGCGUGCCAUUUUUGGUGCAUCAGGAAUGCUCAAAGAAGAACAAGACUCUAACAACCUGCAAGAAAAUGAUGACGAAGAAACAACUCAUGAAAAAUCGGCAAAUGAAGAAGAUACAUCUACCAAUGAACGGCCCAUACUGAGACUAUCAGGGCUACGAUCUCGAAGCUCGUCGAUCCCGUCAACUCCAAUGUCGUCCGAUGGCUCGUCCAUUGUCGAACAACUCAAUUCAGUGGUAGUCAUGUCGCCAAUCCCGUGGAUCAACGGGCGCUUAGACAGGGACGAUGAUGAGGAUGAUGAUGACCUUCAUCAUGGUAAUAGCAUUGAUGACGGGGAAGAUGGGGCUAUGCGCGGGCGCACGCUCAUGGAGGAGCUCGCGGACGCAAGCAAUUUGUUGGAUGAUGGUGGAGUCCCUGAGAGCACAGAACCCCCACAAGAAUCAAUACAACAAAAACAACAAGAAUCAAUACAACAAAAACAACAAGAAUCAGUACAACAAAAACAACAGGAUUCUAAUAACAAUGAUAAUUACACCAAGACUGAUGAUGAAGAUGUGGAAAUGCCAGAUGUGACCGAUGAGAUCGAUGCUGCGAGCGAAACAACGAGUAAAGUAAUGGAUUUUGCCCAAGAGAAGGUGGCAGAAGAACAAGUUCAAAUAAAAGAGCCAAUGGAAACCAGCGACACUGAGAUAGAGGCAUCGGGUCAAAAGGAAGAAAAGAGUGAACAGAAACAAGAACAAGAACAAGAGCAAGAAACUAAAAAGCCUGUCAAGGAGGCUGUAGAACAAGUCAAGGAAACUACAGAACAAGUCAAGGAAACUACAGAACAAGUCAAGGAAACUACAGAACAAGUCAAUGAGACUGUUGUUGAAGCACCCAAAGAGACCUCCACAAAGACAAUACAAUCAAUCACAGAGGAGUCUACAGAACUUGCCAAAGAAAAUGAGGAUGAAGAGGAUGUUCAAGAAACUUCAAAAAAAUCAGAGCCAGUUGCUGAACCCAAAGAAUCCAUUGAGGAUGCAUCUGAAAAAGAGUUGGUUUCUGAAGACCUCAUACAGCCAGUUGCUAAUCUUCAACCCUCUACAGAUCAAUCUAUCUCUGAAUCUAUACCCCCAGUUUCUGAAAUACCUACAAAGCCUGUCUCUGAAAUUCCUAUAGAGAAAGUCUCUGAAAUUUCACAAGUUUCUACAAAACAAUUUUCUGAAUCUUCUGAAUCUUCUGAAUCUUCUGAAUCUUCUACAGACCAAGUUGCUGAUGCACCCACGAAACCCGACUCUGAUGUUUUGAGCAAUAAAUCAUCACCUCCAUUGACGGAAAAAUCACUACAAAAAUCACCUGAUCCUGAACUUUCUAACGCCAUGGUUCUCGAAGGUGGUGUUAAACGACGGCGACUAUCUUUCAAGCCUGGUGAAAGUGAUAGCGAUGAAGAAAUGACAGACUCUGUUUCACCACCAGAAAAGAACAUAGACAAGCCAGAAUAG